AGACGUCAUCCGGGACACCACUUGGUUUUCGAGCUGCUGAGCCGUUGACUCGCUAGAGAAGCUGCCAUUGAGCAUUGUAGAGUACAGAUACUGCACUGCUAUAAUGCAUACAUCGCCUGAGCUGAAACAGAGAGCCAGGCCCAAUUCUUACGCUGCGCUACAUGACGACGAAGACGAGCGCCCUCAUACCCCUGCGUCGGACGAUACACCCCGAGCGCGCAAGCGCAAAGCCAAGCCAAAGACAAAGCGCGUUGCUGUCCGAGAUAAUGCGCCGCCUUCGGCGCUCUCUCAACUAGCUUGGUCUGCCGUCUCCUUCACACUUGAUAUUCUAGGGCGUGUUUUGACACUCCUGAAAUGGCCCAUUGCUUUUGUCUUGUGCCUGUUUAUCGGCCGCUUUGCCUUCUACAAGUCACUGAGUCUGAUUGUUUCAACUGUUCAGUAUCAGACGCGAGCCUCUAUCUGCGCUCUGCCUCUCGCCAGUAAUGUCAUCCAGGUCUUUGCGCCUGAGUUUUGUCAGCCUGCUGCGCCGAUAGACUUUGCUUCCCUCGUCAACAUGCAGAAAUCAGCCGUCUCAGUGCCAACGUACAGUGGAUCUAUGCCACUCCAGCUGAAAAAGGCCGAGUUGGCAACGCGUGACCUACGUGCUGUGCUGCAAGCGUCAGAGCUGAGCUGUAAGGAUACCCUGGACGCUGCCCUUGGAUCGUUCGGUGACCAUUCUCGCGUUGCUGGACGGGCCAUUCAACAGACCGUUGUGCGUACCAAUGGUUUACUAGAUGCUAGUCUUGCCACCAACGAAUGGGCCAUCAAGGCGCUGAACCAAAUUGAAACAAAUAGUGGAUUGACUGGGAUGAUUCCCUUUGCUGGCAGUAUGAACACACGAGAAGGUGUGCGCAAGACGUAUGUUGCUGCCAUGAACUUUUUGAGUGAGGAACUCAAACGUCUGGUUUUGUCGAAUGAUCAGGCGUCGCUAGCGCUGGAGAAUCUGGAGGAAGACUUGCACACCAUUUCCUCUAUCAUGGAGCUCGAGAAGCAGCUACAGACUGAGGAACGCCAAAGUCUGAGCUCCCUUUGGAGUCUUCUUGGUGGCAACCGAGCACAAAAACGCCUCUUCAAGUCAAACAUGGCGACAUUGCAAGAAUUCGAGGCUGAUCGCAAGCACAACAGGGAGCUGGUUGCUAGGACUUCUGUUGCACUCGAUAAGAUGAUUGUGCAAGUGGAGGAGUUCAGGGAUAAGGUAGCAAGACCUGGAUUGCUGGAUGAUGAGAUUCCAAUUGAGCUUCACCUGAAUGCCAUUCGAAUGGGCGUGGACGAGUUGAGGGGAGCCAAGACCUUACGGCAAGAGGCUGAGAGCGAAGCGAGCUUGUUAGACUAGCAGUGUAGAUCACCCUAAAAGCUGAUGAAGCAGGAUUGCAGCGGCUACACCAACGUUGAGUGACUCCACAGUUGUGUCUAUCCGUGCAGGCGAGGCAAUGGAGGUCAAUGUCGUGCAAGCAGCCUUCACAUUGGUGCGCAGACCACUACCCUCGCUGCCUAGAAUCAACAGCACAGGUGUCUUGCGAUCCUUCAACGCUUUCACUUCAGUCAAUCUGUUCUUGACGCGCAAUAAAGCUGCCUCUUCACGACCGACCGUGGCGACACAGCGCCACCCAUUCUUGCGGCUCUGCUUGAUGAAGGAGACGACCGAGUCUGCAUGUAGAAUCGGGACAAAUUCGCUCGCUCCACUAGAGACUUUGACGACAGUGGGCGUGAUGGAGCAACAAUUACGAGCAGAGAGGACGACGCCUGCACAG